GUGGGGGAGUGUGUGUGUGUGGGAAGGGGGGGUUUUCGGUGGUAGGGUCGGGUUAUCCCCACGAGAAAAUCUACUCUUACUCCCAGCUUCCCGCUUCUUCUUGAAUCUCAUCUACUAGAAAGUCAUGGAAAGAGAAGGAAAGUGAGAGAAAGUACAGAGAGAGAGAGAGAGAGAGAGAGAGAGAGAGAGGGAGUAGGGUAGAGAGGAAUGUGGAGGAGCUUCUUCUCUAGACAUGGACACGCCAGAAAGGAACCAGAUCGGCGCUCCCAUCUCUAAGUUCGAGGAUUCCCCUGUCUUCAACUAUAUCAACAGUCUUUCUCCUAUCAAGCCAGUCCAGUCCAUACAUAUAACUCAUACCUUCAACCCGCUUAAUUUUGCAUCUCUUUCAUCGGUUUUUACUUCACCCCAUGUCAAUUCUCACAAGGAAUCUAGGUUCUUAAAAAGAUACAACUGCUUAGAUCCGUCAAAACCUGAGUUUUCUUCUGAAAAUGGGAAUAAAGUCUGUACGAAUGAAGGAAUUGGUACGGAUGCGGCUCAGUUGUAUGAUAACUCGGUUGAGCUACAGGAAAAUUUUGAUUCAGGGGUUUCCAUUGGAGAAUCUUCUGUUGAGCCAUCUACUGAACAUUCAAAGUUUGCAAUUGAGCUGCCAGGUACCUUAAAAUAUGAUUGUGGUAGCCCUGAAUGUGACCCAACACCUCAUUGUGGUACUGAGACAAGUUGCAUGUUGAAAUUGGCUGGAAAGUCAGUGUCACUUAUUCAAUAUGGUCAAGAUGCCUCUGCAAAUGAUUCGUUUGAAGGUGAAGUCAAUCUAUCUGAGAUGUGCCAAAUUGACCAAAAGACAGUGGAAUGUGAUUGGGAGAGUUUGAUUUCUGAUGCCACUGAUAUAUUAAUCUUCAAUUCUCCAAAUGACUCAGAGGCUUUUAAGGGGCUAAUUCAGAAAUCAAUGGACCCCAUGACAAGACUUUGUUCUUCUGUUAUGACACAACUUUCUCGAAAUGACAUUGAUAAUGUGCAGACAAUGCAAAUUGUUGAUCCAGUUGGUUCUGGUGAGCAACAUGAAUUAGAUGAUCCUUCUGCUGAACAUGAAGAAGCCGGUGAGCUUCAGGAAAUAGACCAGACACAGGACAACCCCGCUGAUACUAAUCUGAAUAAGUGUAUGUCUAGCAGCACGAGUGAGAAAAUGGAUAGUGAAGUGGGAACGUGCAUUCCAUAUGCAUCUAAGUCUGUCUCUAAUUUGCACCGUGGUAUGCGAAGGCGCUGCCUUGAUUUUGAGAUCGCUGGAGCUCGUAGAAAGAACUUAGGUGAUGGUUCAAAUUGUAGUUCUUCUAUCCUGUCACCGUCUGAUGAGAAGAUUGCGUGUCAUGAUAAGCAGCUGGUCCCAAUUAAACCUAGUGGAGAUUCCUCUCGGUGCAUGCUACCGGGAAUUGGUUUGCACUUAAAUGCUCUUGCAACAACUUCAAAGGACCACAAAAAUGUCAAGCUUGAAAAUUUGUCCUCAGGAAGACAAUUGUAUUUGCCCAGCUCCACUGCUUCCUUUCCCUCCCCUACAGACAGUCAAGAACCUCUAAAUAAAUCCUUAACAUCAGCCUCUUCUGAAAGAGACGCAGAUCUUCCUGAAAGUGGGCUUUCUCAAGUGGAAGAUGCUUCUCAGGUAGCUGUAUAUUUAGUUAGUGACGACUUCAAUCAGAACAGCCCCAAAAAGAAGAGGCGUAGGUUGGAGCAUGCUGGAGAAAGUGAGUCUUGCAAGCGUUGUAACUGUAAGAAAUCCAAGUGUUUGAAACUGUACUGUGAAUGCUUUGCUGCUGGUGUAUACUGCAUAGAGCCAUGUUCAUGUCUAGAAUGCUUCAACAAGCCUAUUCAUGAAGAUACUGUUCUUGCAACUCGCAAACAGAUUGAAUCUCGCAACCCUCUUGCAUUUGCUCCAAAAGUGAUCAGGAGCUCUGAUUCUGUAGCUGAAAUUGGGGAGGAAUCCAGUAAAACCCCAGCUUCAGCACGGCAUAAAAGGGGAUGCAACUGCAAGAAAUCAAACUGCCUCAAGAAGUACUGCGAAUGCUAUCAGGGUGGCGUUGGAUGCUCUAUCGGCUGCAGAUGUGAAGGUUGUAAGAAUGCAUUUGGGAGAAAGGAUGGUGCAGAAAUUGAACAAGAAGAAGAAACAGAAGCAUGUGAAAAUAGUGUGGUGGACAAGGCUUUAAAGAAAUCUGAAAUUCAAAAUAAUGAAGAGCAGAAUCCAGCUUCUGCUCUUCCUACAACUCCAUUACGGCUUAGCAGACAGUUGGUUCCACUGCCAUUUUCAUCAAAUGGCAAACCACCACGAUCUUCUUUUCUUACUGUGGGAUCCUCUUCUGGAUUGUAUACCAGCCAAAAGCUUGGAAAGCCGAAUAUUCUUCGAUCUCUACCCAAGUUUGAGAAGCAUUUCCAAACCACUCCAGAAGAUGAAAUUCCGGAGAUUCUCCGUGGCAAUUGCUCUCCUAGCACUGGCAUCAAGUCUGCUUCUCCCAACAGUAAGAGGGUUUCUCCUCCUCAUAGCAACUUUGGGUCAUCUCCUAGUCGUCGGAGUGGCCGGAAGUUGAUAUUACAAUCUAUUCCUUCGUUUCCUUCUCUCACACCCCAGCACUAAAAUGCUGGUUUUGCUCUAAAUAUCAAAUUAUAUUCUCCCAAUCUUCAUUAUGUUGAAAAAUAUUAGUUCAUGUCAUUUGAGCUUUCCUUGUGUACCUGUGUAAUAAUAUGGUAUCUAUCUUGCCCUCAUAAUGUAUACUUGUCUUGUAUAAUAUGAUAUUUUAGUUAA